AUGGAUGAAUACCUCUCCGCGCCUCGAGGCCUACACGGCACUCAGGACCACGACAAUAUGGCGCCUACCUCCCCCGGUUCUGCGAGCAUAGCAGAAUCAACGCCAGACCCCCGGGACACGGAUGCACUUUCCCAAAUCUCAGCGGACCUGGCAGCCAUCUCUGCGACCAUGCUCACCCGCAAAGACAAAGCCGAGAUGGUAGCAGAACUCCGGUCAGUCAUAAGAGAGGAAAGUUGAUCGUAUGCAAGCAGAGCAGCACUGCCAAGCGGCGGACCUGGCGGCCACCAGGCAGGGCAAUAACAUUCUCGACCUCAGGAGACAGGUAGAAGACCUCGACAACAGGGGCCGCCGAAACAAUAUUCGGGUCCGAGGCAUCCCAGAAACAGAAGGGGAAAACCCCCAUGAAAUACUCACGAGCCUGUUCUCCCAACUUUUAAGGGACGAGGCACCGCCAGACUUUGGCAUCGAGAGAGCCCACCGAACCUUGCGUACCCCCAGGCGAGAUGGUCUACACAGAGAUGUAAUCUGCUGCCUACUCUCUUUUCAGCUCAAAGAAUCCAUCAUGAGGGCAGCCAGGGCACAACAUGACGUCCCGUUCAUGGACACAAGGUUCUCGCUGUACCAGAACCUAUCCACACUUACCCUGGACGCCCGCUGGGCCCUGAAACCAAUCACACGCCUUCUACAAGAAAAAAGAAUCUUAUACAAAUGGGGAUACCCGUUCAGUUUACAGGCAAAGGUUGAAAACCACUGGCAUAUCAUCCGCUGGCCUAACGAUAUACCGCAUUUCCUAUGGGCAACCGGCCUUCCACAUGUCACUGUCCCAAAUUGGAUAUUCGAGGGCCCACCGGCACGAGCUACAGGCCCCAACGAGCCGAGUCGCAACCUUCAUGGGAGCCAGGACCCCAGGGCACAACGAAUCAGAGGCGGCCCAGUCGGUCCGGAGGAAUAA